GACGCGCGGCGGACAGGAAGUGGGCGGAGCAGGGCGGAAGUCCCGCCCGGCGGUCCGCACGUUCACUCCGUGGGGCUGCGUCGCGCCCUUCAUGGAAGAGAUGUCGGGAGAAAGCGUGGUGAGCUCAGCAGUGCCGGCAGCUGCCACCCGCACGACCUCCUUCAAAGGAACAAGCCCGAGCUCCAAGUAUGUCAAGCUGAACAUCGGCGGGGCCCUGUACUACACCACCAUGCAGACACUGACCAAGCAGGACACCAUGCUCAAGGCCAUGUUCAGUGGGAGAAUGGAGGUUCUGACAGACAGUGAAGGCUGGAUCCUGAUUGACCGCUGCGGGAAACACUUUGGGACAAUCCUGAACUACCUGCGUGACGGCGCUGUGCCGCUCCCGGAGAGCCGCAGAGAGAUUGAGGAGCUCCUGGCUGAAGCCAAGUAUUACCUGGUCCAGGGGCUGGUGGACGAGUGCCAGGCAGCCUUGCAGCAGAACAAAGAUGCAUAUGAACCAUUCUGCAAGGUACCAGUCAUCACUUCUUCCAAGGAAGAGCAAAAACUUAUAGCCACUUCUAACAAGCCAGCAGUGAAGUUGCUAUACAACAGAAGCAACAACAAAUAUUCCUACACCAGCAACUCUGACGACAACAUGCUGAAAAACAUUGAGCUAUUUGAUAAGCUGUCCUUGAGGUUUAAUGGGAGAGUGCUCUUUAUAAAAGAUGUGAUUGGAGACGAGAUCUGCUGCUGGUCUUUCUAUGGGCAGGGACGGAAGAUUGCUGAAGUCUGUUGCACUUCCAUUGUUUAUGCUACUGAGAAAAAACAGACAAAGGUGGAGUUUCCAGAAGCCCGCAUUUAUGAGGAGACACUGAACAUUCUGCUGUACGAGUCCCAGGAUGGCAGGGGACCCGACAACGCGCUCCUGGAAGCCACAGGAGGGGCAGCUGGCCGCUCCCAUCACCUGGAGGAAGAUGAGGAGCGAGAGCGCAUUGAACGCGUGCGAAGGAUCCACAUCAAACGUCCCGAUGACAGAGCCCAUCUGCACCAGUGAGCUGAGCGACGGCUGCAGGGUCUGUCUGGAAGGUGCUGCCCUUCUCCUGAUGGAUUGUCUGCAGCAGGGGACCAGGCAGCUUCUCUUUGUUCAACGAGUCUGUAAAUUACAUUUUGUAACAAAGUAGGUUAUUUGGGGUAUUUAAAUGAGGUAGUUCUAGGAUGAGAACAAAUAAGGUUACUGGGCAUAGGGUAGGUAUGUAAAAAGCCCUCUGAACAUCCGGAGAAAUGCCCUGAGUUUGUAGCCCUCUUGUCUUUGCUAUUUUGUGGUUAGUGAGGAAGAAGACUGGCUUCCUUUGGCUUUAGUAAUUAUCCUGCACUUUAAAAAACAAACGAAGUCAGGCAGCCACAUACCUUCCCUCUGGCUCUCGCUGACCCGGUCUCGUAGGCAUCGCAGCAUGGCAGAAGCACAGUGGAGCUGCUGCAGAGCUCCCUUUCUUCCAGGUCAGAAGGCGAUGGGGUUGGUGGCUCAGAAAUGCCUCUGUGUGACUGCUGGCAGGACCGGUGAUGCAGGAGAAGCACCAGGCUUGAGGCAGAGGGAACCCAGUGCUGCAAGGCUGUGCAGGUGGCUGUGACUUUCCACUGCUCUCAGGCCCCCCUCCCAUGGUUCAGUGGAGCUUCUGCAGCACUGAGUUGUGGAGAGGCCCAUCCCCACUUUUUUGGUAUGAUUCAAGGAUGGGAGAUGUUGAAAUUCCUUCAAGAGGAGGAGCAGGAGCUAACUGUGCCUGGUGGCUUUCCCUUAGAAUGGUAUUGCUACCAGUCAAAGCUUGACCCCACAUCUCUGUUGGGAAGUUUAUUUCCUUCAGAUCACCCAUCAGUAAGCUGUGCAUUCUUUACCACAAGUUAAAAUUCGUAACAGGUUUGGCACGCAGUGCCAGCCCCAUGUAGGCAGGAGGCCAGCAGUUGUAGCUCAGUUCUGCAGCUGUUAGAGGAGCAUUGGCUUUGAGUGAGGCAGUGCAGAGUGCUGGUGUAGAGCUGAAGGCAGUGGCCCAAAAGAGGUUAAUCCCUGUUUGCCUUUAACCUGAGCAUUUUCCAAGUCUCUCAGCAGAAAUGGCAGCUGUGUAUGAAAGGAUGAAGUUGAAAUGUUGUGCAGAGAAUGCUGUAGUGUCUGGUUUUCUGAGAGUAGUAACAAAUGGAUGUUUUUAUCUACCUCCUAGUCUUAUAUUGCCUAGUGUGGAGUUAAGUAUCAGAGUGAGGGAAGAGAGUGUAUUAUUCACUAGGAUUGGAUGCUAAUGGAUAAUGAGAAGAGCUGCAGCUGUAAUGGUUAAUGUAAAAAAGCUUGAGAGAGAGAAACCAGCAGUAGGAAGUCUUAAGUUUAAGUCAGGGUGCCACUGUGACAGAGCCCAGACUGCUUUGGCCAUUUCAGACCUUCUUGACUCUGCACCUGGAGUACUUUUUGCUGGCCCCAAUGGCUGAGUGUCCCACAGUGGCCGCUCUGCAUCACUCAGUGAGGUCCUUUGCUUCUGCAAGCUUCCUGCUGUAAGGAUUCCUAGUCCUGGCUCAGGGCCGAUUGUGGCACAUUGGCAUUUUAAAAACCAAAGGCACAGUCAACAUCACCAGCUGUGUUACUGAUUGAUUUCAGUAGCAGCCUCUGCAGCUAAGCUAUCUGGGAUGUAAAAUAAAGCAGUAAGCAGUUUUGGAGCAGCGUGUACAGCUAACAGCUUUCAGAGUUAGGCUGAAGUUGUCUUCCUCAUAACCAAAGACUUUCAGUUUCAGACAACCGGGGGCUGUGGCAGAAUGGUUGUUAUCCCUGUCUCCUCUACUCUUUCUCCAGCUCCUGACUGAUAAAUAAGAACUGAGCAGAACCCAGACACAGUGGUUACACUACAGUUCAGCAGCUUCAGCUUUGGCUUUUCUUGUAAGCUGUACUUACAUAUGUUUGUCACCAGUGCAACACACUUGGGGCUCAUACAAGUCCAUAGUUUAAGUCCAUAGUUUAGGCUGUUGGUGUGCAGGACACAGUGCCUCUCCCUUCUUGCCUUAUUUGAUAAGCUGGGGCGUGUGCUCUCUUUGGCACUGUGUACUUUGACACAACUGAGCUGUUUACAAGUUUCUCAUCUGUAACACACUCCUAACUUUAAUUGCUGCAGUUGUGUAACAAAGAUGUACUGCUGUCCUGUGUUAGAACAUCCCUUACCUACUGGCUGCUUGCCCUCGUUCAUUAAGUCUCUCAACAAAACAAAAACAGCUCCCACAGUCACUUAAUGCCACUGCACAAAUGCUCUCAGCUCCUGAGCCUUUUACUUUAAAUGGUUUUGCCAAUAGAGCUUUCAGGGGGAGAUGGGGUACGAGGCAGUUACCCUGGCCCCAAGCAGUUCUUUAGAUUAGCAAGUGCUGCAUGAUGUUAACUGUGCUGACCUGCCUGCUUUGAUUCAUGCAUGCUGCCCUCCAGCACCCAACAACAGCCACUAAUACUGACAACAGAACAGAGCCAACUUGAAUCUUAUGUCUGCAGGCUAUUUUCCCCCCCUCCAUUGGAGUAAUGCAGAAAAGCUUACCUAAAAAUCAGUAGCUUGUGAUGCAGUUAGGGCCAAACAGUCCAGUAACACCAGCCCCUGGCUUAGGGCUAAGCUGAGAAUGCAUUUGCUCCUGCAAAGCAGUCACUCCUGUAUUCAGACAAGGCAGAUUGUAGAGCCCACACUGAGCUCUGCCUGCUGCAGGACAUCACCUGUUCAAAGCCCUUGUGGAAGUCUCCAAGCUCCAGUCUUACCUUUUAGUCUUAAUGGAGUUGUUUUGUUUCAUGUUCUGUACAAUCAUUCCCUCCUAUUUUAUGCACACAAAACCACCUUAAGAUGGAUUUCAGUGUAUGGUUGUUGUUUGCAAUGUUUUGUUGUUGUUUUUUUUUUUAAAGCAUAACAUGAAAUAAAUUAGAAGAUAUUUCAUAUUUA